AUGUCUUCUUCUCUAUCUCUGUCUCAUCUAUCUUUCUCUCUUCCGCAGUGUCACCGCCAAUCCUCUCAGCUUCCACAUCCAUUGAACGUCGGUAGCCACAAUGAUCUCAACUACUCCGGUAGCAAAAAAUGUAACUUGUGUCUCUUUGCAGGGCUUACUUCCUUUGAUGGACAAUCCACAAAAAGCACAUCAUCAUGGGCUGUGAAUCUUGCUGGAAGAAGUGAUAUAUUAUUACUCCAAAAGCAAGAUUCUUGUUUUGGUGAGGAAAAUGGUAGGUUACCCACUAAUAGGGAAGAAGUGAAUCAAACCCUGGUUGAGGAACGUGAAGGGCGAUCAACCAGUCACGAGGCAGAGAUCAAUAAGAACAUUGAUCUGAUUGAGGAAAAUGGGAUGAGACCCACCAAGGAAGGAGCAGAAAUCGUUGAAAAUUUUGUAGUGGGAAGUGAUGAUGGAGUGCCAAUCAAGGAAGAAGCAGGAGUUAGGGGCUCUUUGGAGAGGAAAAAUGGUAAAAUACUAUCGUUUCAAGUUUCUAAUUUUCUUAAGAAAAUUACAAAUUCACAUGCUAACAAGCGGGCUGAAGUUCUUGAUUUGUUCGAGAAGCAUGUUCGAUUCCUAAUGAUUGCUGACUUGAACUGUCUACUCAUGGAGUUGGUUAAAGCGGAUGAGCUAGAAGUUGCAGUUGAGCUGUUUGACAAAUUGCCGUCUUAUGGCUUAGUGCCAAAUUCUCGAACAUUUUCUGUUCUGGUUCGAUGUUACUGCAAGAAAAAUGAUCUUGAGAAGGCUAGACAGGUUUUAGAUGACAUGGUGGGAAGUGGGUUGCGUCCAAAUGUUGUAACUUUUACGAUUCUGAUCAAUGGGAACUGCAGAAAGGGGAGGUUGCAGAAAGCAUUUGAGAUUUUUGAGCUCAUGGGUCGAAUUGGUUGCCAACCCACUGUCCAGACAUACAAUUGCUUGCUUAAUGGAUUGUGUUAUGUGGGACGGGUGGAAGAAGCAUGUGAACUGUUGAUGAAGAUCAAGAAUUCUUCCAAGAAACCUGACAUUUAUACGUAUACUGCAGUCAUGGAUGGUUUCUGUAAGGUGGGUCGCUCGGAUGAGGCAAUGGAGCUGAUGAAAGAAGCUUUGGAGAUGGGUUUAAAGCCAACUGUGGUCACUUUUAAUACUCUGUUUAAUGGGUAUUGCAAGGAGGGGAGACCUUUGGAGGGGAUUAGUCUUUUGAAGCAAAUGAAGGAGAGAGAUUGCCAGCCUGAUUAUAUCACUUAUAGUACCUUAUUACAUGGGUUGUUGAAGUGGAGUGAAAUUCCUGCAGCUCUGCAGAUUUAUAAGGAGAUGUUAGAAAUAGGAUUUGAAGUUGAUGAAAGAAUUACAAACACCCUUCUUAGAGGGAUUUGCAGGAGAUCAUGGACUGAUGGAGAACUGUUAAUAGAUGCUGAGGAAUUGUUCGAGAGAAUGAAAACUGUGGGUGCGGGUCCUCAUCCCUCGACAUAUUGUUUGAUGAUCCAAUCUCUUUCUAUCAAAGGAAAGAUAGACAGGGCUUUAGCCAACCUACACGAGAUGAUUCGGCUUGGUUAUCCGCCAAAGAUGGUUACCUUCAAUACUGUUAUCCGAGCUCUUUGUGUUGAAGGAAGGGUUGAUGAUGCUUUGCUUGUUAUGGCUGUUAUGCUUAGUAGUAGUACAUCACGUGGUAGGAUUUCUUACAACUUAGUCAUCAAUGAGCUUAAUCGACAGGGGAGAUUAUUGGAUGCUUGUGAAGUAUAUGGGGCAGCAUUGAAGAGAGGUGUCAUUCCUCAUUGCAAACCAAGAGUCAAUGGGUGA